GUCCUUUUUGGUUGCAAGGCAGGAAUUGCGAGAUGGAUCUGGACGCGUGCUUGGACAUCCUCAAGGCCCGCCACGGCUGCGACCACGGCGACCACGAGGAGCAUGCUAACCAUCAAGCGACGCCCUGCGCCGUGGCCAACGUCAAGCAGACGCUCGCGCACGACCUCCACCUCGAGAGCAGCGUGCCCGACGACCUGUAUGCGACGACGACCCGCGGCUUGUACGAUGCGUUCAUGCGCUGCCAAAGCAAGCGCGUCGAGAUCUACGCGCGCUUCGAGACGGGCUUUGUCGAGCUCAUGUUCAAGGACGAAUUUGCCGUCUUUUCUCAAGAAAUCACCAAGCAUUUUGCGGCUGUGAGCGCCGAGAUCAACCGCAUCGAGGCGACGCUCCGCGCUCGCGACGCGACGACGCUCGCCACCCUCAUCCGCAAGGUUCAGGUCCAGGAGAAGGAAAAACUUCUGCUUACAUCAGCCUUGCUCUUGGAGCGCAUGCGAUCCAAGCAGACGCGCGACGACGACGUGUCGGCCAGCAUCUACGAGACCUCGAUCCGGUCCAUGGAGGGUACCCACACCAAGAUCAUUGAAGCCAUCAACGAGCUCCUCGUCGAGAUGCAGUACGAGGUCGCGGAGCUUUAAGCAUAAACACGUACAGAAUGGAAACACAGCUAGUAGACGACAGAUUAUGGACACGUCCUGUAUUGCGCU